CAAUCCACUGUUCAUUUUUCACUAUGAAAAAUCGAAAUAGACCGAUUCAUCUUAUAAACCGACCGAUCUACGUCGGUUCGAUCGGAUCGAUUUUUCGGUCUUCUAUGCUCACCCCUGACUGCCACAAAUAGAAAUCUGUCCCCAUUGGUUUAAUUUUCUGGCAAUGGCUUCUGUUUCUCCUUCAUGUCUUUCUUCCCUCAAAACCAUAUCCCCGUCGAAACAUUCUCUCUUCAUCUUCAGAAGCUCCAAGCAGCCAUUUCCAUCGAAAUCUUUGAAGUUCUCAUCAUCUCCAAACCCACCAAAUCCUGAAACUCCUCAACCCAAUUCACCUGAAAUUGUCUCUGAUGCUGCACCGCCUCCUAUCGACCCUGUCAAGCUCGCAUUUGAGCGAGCGAAGGCCUACAGAAAAUUGGCGCAACCGAACUCCAAUUUGAAGUUCGAACAGGAACCGGGUGAGGGUUCUGAAGGAAACUCCGUCGGGACUGCUCAAUCAGGUUUAUCGAAUUUCGAUGGGGCUGAUGAGCAGAGGAAAAUGCAGGGUGGGGUUGAAAUUGCGAUGGAGAAUGCCGACGAAUAUAAGGGUGAAACGAGGGAUGCAAUUGAUGGAAAGAAUAGUGGGGAAGUUUACACCAACCCAGGAUUGAAGGGAAGAGAAGGGCAAAAAUUGGGAAACAAACACAAGGUUGAUAAGAAGGGAGAGUUGUCUAUCUCAAACAUUGAUUUUAUGGGGCUUGGGUUUGCAGACAAGAAAAAGACCAGGGGAAUGCCAGCUGGAUUGGUUCCAGUUGCAGACCCCUUUUCAACAGAAGACUUGCCUGAAGUGGAAAUAAUUGUUGGUGAUAUGAGCAAUUUUGACGAUGAACCAGCAAUGGAAACUAAACUAAUUCAGGAAGAUGAUUCUGAUCUUUACAAACCCAAGGUUUCUACAUGGGGGGUCUUUCCUAGACCUGGCAACAUUUCAAAAACGUUUGGAGGUGGAAGAACUAUACGCCCUGGAGAGGUGCUUGAAACGGAUGAAGAAAAAACUGCUAAGGAAGCACGCACAAGAGAACUAAUUGCCGCAUAUAAGAAAAAAUUUGGCUUGAGCAUAGAUGCAAAACUGAAGUCUGAAUGUGAAGAGGCACUAAAGGAAGGCGAUUUGUUGAUGAGUGUUGGAAAACUCAGUGAUGCCUUACCAUAUUAUGAAACAAUUAUGGAUAAACUGAAUUUCCAGAGUGAGCUUCAUGGAAUUGCUGCUAUGCAGUGGUCCAUUUGUCAAGAUUCCCUCAACAGGUCAAAUGAGGCUCGAGAAAUGUACGAGAAGCUUCAGUCUCAUCCAAAUCCUCGAGUGAGCAAGAAAGCAAGGCAAUUCAUGUUUAGUUUCCAGGCGAUGGAAAUGAUGAAGGUAACGACAAGCUCAUCUUUCCUUUCAAAUAACAGUGGCUACCAGAGCUAUUUUGAAGCUUUUCUUGAAAACAAACUUGACAACAGUAUUAAGGAUACUGGGAUCGGGGAAGGUGUACUUAAUCAAUCUCUUCCCUACAUCAUUUUUCUUCUUUCUCCUAUUCUUCUCGUGCUACUGGCUGCUGUACAAAAGAGAAUAUAAAAUCAUCCUGUAUAAUAGAGGUCACAACAAAAUAUAAUGGGAUUAGUAUCCUUUGUAUAUAUUGAAGCAUUCUUUUAUCAUGUACAGAAGAGAAUAUAAAAUCGUAUAGUAAUUAGUAAUAGAGGUCAAAAAAAAAUAUAAUGGGAUUAAUAUCCUACGUUGUAUGUAUCAAAGUAUUAUUUUUAACCAAUGGUAAGCUGAUAUUCUAACAGAGUCGACAUCUUUUUUUCUUUGAA